AGUGCAGUCAAGGGACGAUCAUCUUGCUGCUAGUUUGCUCGUAAAAUUAUCAAAUUUAUAUUGCAGUGAAAAUGGCACCACCACCGAAAAGCGAUUUCGAAUUUAUCAUUUUAAGCCUGACUUUAACACCUCCCACGAGAUCUAGCGCCCCGCGUGCACGAAAAGAUAAGUCAACAAUUAAAGUUGAAGAGAGAGAUUGGUUCUUUCGCACCAUGGUUUAUGAAAAAGAGAAACUGCCCCGCGGUACGCGCACUCGGUUCACACACUGGCAAAUUAAGACUGACGAAGCUGAUCUAUUUAUGAUCAAUAAUCACCGCUUUGAAAAUUUAAUACUCGUCUUAGGCACCGAGGCUUAUUGGAUAUACUACCACAACUUUUAUUAUCACCAUCGUGUUAAAGCGACUAGAGAAUUAAGGGGCUCAUAUUGCGGAUGCUGCUUUGAUCAACACUACAGGCCGAUCGUAGAAGUUAUCCAAAAAUGGACAUCAAAGAAAAUUGCACAAGCUUACCUUAAAAAGAAUAAACAAGUUGAGUGCGCGGGCUGGACGGGUGAAGAAUGUUACUGUUGUGAUUGAAUCCGAAUCCCAGCACAACAGGGUUUACCAUAACCUAAACAAAAGUACACCAAAGCCGCUCAACGCACCAAAGAUUUCAAACCUAAAAACCGGUCUACUAACGCCUCUUCAACUACUAGAAAUAUAACAAUUUUACUAUUUCAAUACCCCCUAUAUUCUAUUGUGUAUUGUGAGCUAUAAUAAAUGUAGCAAAUAUGAAAGUUUUGUCUCAAUAUAUAGUUAUCGAUGUUUAUACCUUUUAAA